CUUCCGCCCCAGCAUUUCCCCCACUGUCUCUGGGAAAGCAGCACUUUUAGGGGGGAAAACAAGUGUGUGGAGCCAAGAAACAGGUCUGACCUCAGUUACUGGGACGAUUCAAGUUGCUGUUUUAAAGAGUCUCUAAACUCUCCAAGACAACAUGAACACCACUGAGUCAGGCUACAACUUCACCCUAACCUCCAACACCGAAAACAUCACUCUGUCCAGCCUGACAAACGCCACCAUCUUCUCCACCAUCUCUCAGCCUCCAUCCUACUCUUCUCACAUCCAUGACCCAGAGUUCACUAUCAUGGUGGUGCUGGGCUUAUCGCUGUUGCUGGCAGGGUUCGCCGCCUUCCUGGCUGUAUGCCGGUCCUCCCAACAGGAUGGGGACUCAGACGCGAGCUGUGGCCCAGGAGAGAGCUUGACCCCUGGACGAAGCAGAUCAAGUGAGCCCCAGCUCAAGGUGUGGAAGAGACUGGGCUCGUAUCGGCGUUCGUUCAACCUGUCUUUCAGACGGCCGCCACACCGCAGACCACAUGAGCGGGAGAUUAUAAAUGCAUCGCAGUCACCAACAGGACAGACGGCACAGUCAGAAGCCAGCAAGGAGCCUCACCUCACUAUGCCAUGUCUAUUUGACUAUGUCACUGAAAUCUGAGGCUGAGAGUUGACUGACUGCUCCCAAAAAUGUGACACACUGUAUUCGGAUGAAUGUGGAUGAAGAGUAAAUGAGAAGAUUUUAUUAAUUUGAAUUCCAGGUGGAUGAGAGUUGCUACAAAGUAAGUGCUAAAACAUAAGCAAUCAAAAAGACAGUCUGACAGGUUUCUUUGUUUUUUUAAACAAAACACUUCACCUUCAAUAUAGUAGCAGGUAGCAGUGUUGUGCAUAGAUGGUCUUUUUCCAUCACCCUUCUGCAGUAUAUCCACUGGAAGUGAAUAUGAAUUAAUCCCACGACUCAAUUUGAUUACAAUUCUCGCAGUAAGGAUUUGAUGCUUCAUCAAAUCUGCCCUUGAUUAAAUUAGGUCUGAUUAGAUUGUAUCCAAGUUUUUCCAAGGAGUAUAAUGGCAGUUUAACAGGCACAGUGGACCCAACACAAGCCUCCAAUGACAGCAGCUCAGCUUAGUUAUCUCUUCUAAAAUAGUUUUUAAUUUUCACCAACUAUGUUCAAAGUCUGUGGACAAGCGUUGUUCCUUUUCAUCAUGCUAAUAGUUCUGAUGCUGUUAACCCCAUCAAUAUUGUGAUCAUGCAACUGAAGACAAACUAUGAAAUAUUAAAUAGUGUGAUUUAAUGUGGCUUUCAAAACAUGAUUUGUGAGCCAAGCAGAUACUUUUUUUGUGUUUUGUGAUUGUUACGUUCAGAAAUAAAGUGACUUUUAGUGUGA